GUCGUCUGUCCCUGGUUUCAUCUUGUCUGUAGCGCAUUCGCAUACUGUCAAGAUGUGGACAAACACUUCCGGUCUUCGGGGCAAGUCCCUGCACUUGUUUAUCACCUUCACAGCCGUCAUGGGUUUCUCGCUCUUCGGCUACAACCAGGGUAUGAUGUCUGGUAUCAUCGCUGGAACUGAGUUCGUCGGUGAAUUCGAGGCGCUCAAGAUGCCUACGGAUUAUACCGACGCCGAGUACCGACACAUCAACGUCCUGCGUGGUGCAGUCACUGCUUGCUACGAAAUCGGUUGUUUCUUUGGCGCGCUCGUUUCUAUGUUUUAUGGUGAGAGAGUCGGUCGUACUCGCGUCAUCAUCAGCGGCGCGACCAUCCUCAUUAUCGGUGCCGUCAUCUCGUGCGCCGGCUUCGGCCCGCACUGGGGUCUGGGGCAGUUCGUUGUCGGCCGUGUCGUCUCCGGAAUCGGUAACGGUCUCAACACCGCGACCAUCCCUGUCUGGCAGUCCGAGUGUUCCGCCUCGCACAACCGUGGUCUUCUCGUCUGCUUCGAGGGUGCCAUGAUCGCCGUCGGUACCCUGAUCGCUUACUGGGUCGUCUUCGGUCUGUCCUACGUCGACCAGUCGGUGCAGUGGCGGUUCCCCGUCGCUCUCCAGGUCCUGUUCGCGCUCAUCGUCGUCACCGGUGCCAUCCUCCUCCCUGACUCCCCUCGUUGGUUCAUCAUGCGCGGCUACGACUCUGAGGCCAUCGAGGUCCUCGCGAAGCUCAAGAACGACUCGCCCGACUCGGAAGCCGUGCUUGCCGACUACAACUUCAUGAAGGCGGAUGUCGAGAUGACCAAGACCAGCCAGGCCGGUUUCAAGGUCCUCUUCACUUUCGGCAAGACUCAGGAGUUCCAGCGCUGCAUGCUCGGCUGCGCCGGCCAGUUCUUCCAGCAGUUCACCGGCUGCAAUGCUGCCAUCUACUACUCAACCCUGCUCUUCGAGGAGAACCUGCACUUGGAACACCGUCUCGCUCUUACCAUGGGUGGUGUCUUCGCGACCGUCUACGCCCUCGCCACUAUCCCGUCGUUCUUCAUGAUCGAGAAGGUCGGCCGUCGCAAGCUCUUCCUCAUCGGUUUCCUCGGCCAGGGUCUCUCUUUCAUCAUCACCAUGGCCUGUUUGAUCAAGGAUAACGAGGAGAACUCCAAGGGUGCCAUCGUCGGUAUCUUCCUCUUCAUCGUCUUCUUCGCCUUCACCCUCCUGCCGCUCCCCUGGAUCUACCCUCCCGAGAUCAACCCUCUCCGUACCCGUACCGCCGGUGCCUCCGCCUCCACUUGCACCAACUGGAUCACCAACUUUGCGGUCGUUAUGUUCACUCCUCUCUUCGCUGCCACUUCUCCCUGGGGUGUGUAUCUCUUCUUCGCUCUCAUCAACUUCAUCGGUGUUCCCGUCGCGUACUUCUUCUUUGUCGAGACCGCUGGCCGUGAGCUGGAGGAAAUUGACAUCAUCUACGCCAAGGCCCACGUCGAGAAGCGCAUGCCUUUCCGCGUCGCCAACGACAUGCCCAAGCUCUCUCUCGCCGAGAUCAACCAGCAGGCCCGUGAGCUCGGUCUCGACACCAACUCCGAUUCUCAUCACCAGGUUGCUGAGCUUGGUCUCAGCAGCGACAACAGCAGCAAUGAGAAGCAGGAGCAGCAUGAGAAGCAGUAAGCUUCUCAGUCGCCGUUUUCCGGUCAGGCUUGCCUGACCAUUCCAUCGGUUGACCCGAGCCGUGUCCUGCAUAAGG